AAGUUAUGUUUCUUUUUCAGUGAUAGAUGCAAGUUAUAAAAUACCUUCAGGUAUUUUUGACUUAAACAUGGCCUGGAUUGGAAGCCAUAAAGAGUGCAUAAACAUAGAGAGCAAGUUAAAUGAUAUAAAGGGAAAAUAUUGUUUAACAACUAUAGGCAUCGACAGCUCAACAGCUUUAAAAAGCAGCAGUUUAAAUGUACAGGGUGCGUUUGAGAAAAUGUACGCCAACUAUAAAACUCUGAAGGACUCUCCCUACAAUCCAGACUUCCAAAUGGCACUAGAACCUUCUGUUGGCAUCUGCAUGCCGCAUAAAUGCAAUAAUGUAGAUCUGGAAAGUAUUUGGUCGUUAUUUUUAUCUGUCAUUCCUUGGAGCGUAACAUGCCAAACGAAAGAAAGCAUCCGACCAAAGUUUACUAUUGAAGUAAUUCUGACCAUAUGUUUUUUUGGAACAUUUGUUUGCCUAAUGGUACUCUCAACCCUAUAUGAUAUAGUUAAAGAGACAAGAAAAGAAAGUCCUCAUCAACUUCUGAUGGCAUUCUCUAUGCAUUCUAAUGUAAGAAAACUAUUCCGAAUCACAAAAAAUUCUGGAGAGUUUGCUUGUCUGAACGGAAUUCGAGUACUGAGCAUGAUGUGGGUGAUGUUUUGUCAUGUAUUCUUCACUACAUUAUAUGGUCCUUUAUCAAAUACAAUGGAUUUGUACAAGUUUCUGACCGAUGAUAUUAAAAGUUUGAUCAUCGCUAACGCGCCUUUUUCCGUGGACAGCUUUCUCGUUGUCACUGGAUUGUUAGUAGUUUAUAACUUUAUGAAAUCCCAACAUCAAGGAAAAAAAUUCAACAUUUUUACAUACUUUCGUCAUCGAUAUAUAAGACUCACACCUCCAAUUAUACCAAUUAUGUUAGCUUGCAUGUUUUUGCUGCCAUUCUUUGGAAGCGGACCGUACUAUCCUGAACUUGACGCGAGCAUUGGUAGACCUUGCAGGCGUAGUUGGUGGGCUCUUCUUUUGCAUGUGCAAAACUAUGCAAUUCGGUUACCGGAUGUAUGCAUGCAACACGCGUGGUACCUGAAUGUAGACUGGCAAGUUUACUUAGUCUCCCCUUUAUUCUUGCUUUUAUUGCCAAAGUAUCCCAUUACUGGAUUAUUGAGCAUGUUCAGUGGGAUUAUGGCUUCCAUGGGCGCUUCAUUUUACAUUACAUGGGAUAAGGAACUGCCCGCAAGUAACUUAAAUGGGAAAUUUUUGAGCUAUAGUAACACGUACUAUUUUAAAACUCAUACGCGCAUCUCGCCUUGGUUAAUUGGUGGACUUCUUGGCUAUGUUCUAGCAAAAAUAAAACUAGAAAAAAACAUAGAAUAUCAGAAGAUGCCAAAAUGGUUGAUUGGUGUGAUAUGGAUUUUAGUAUUAGCUGUACUUCCAGCCUGUGUAUUUGCUGGUUAUGAUACUCAAACCAGUUUAACAAACCAUAGGUUGGACAAUUCGUUUUUUAAUGCAUUUUCUAGACCAGCAUGGGGAUUAUGUAUAGCAUGGAUUAUAUUUGCUAGUUCCAUAGGAUACGGAGGGAUAAUAAAUUCAAUUUUAUCAUGGCCGGUAUUCCAAAUACUAAACCGAUUGAGUUAUAGCAUGUAUUUACUACAUCUUACCAUGUUAUAUAUAAUAGCAUAUUCACAGAAACAAGCUAGAUACUUUUCGAUCUUCGAUCUGGCUUAUUCUUUCUGGGGUAUUUUUGCGUUAAGUUUCGUAAUGUCAAUAUUCUGGUCAAUGGCAUUCGAAAUACCAAUAUUAGAGUUAGAGAAAUACUUCACGAGACAUAAAGGUUCGAAAACGCAAAAGGACGUGCCAAAAAACGGAAAUGAAUCUGCAAUAACCAUACGAACAGAGCACUGAAAUAAAUACAAUUUUAGAUAUGGCAAAGGAUCUUCAGUACAUUAUUCCAAUAGCUACAAAAAUUAAGCUAUAUGUUAAUAGUGUACUAUGUCUUUCUAAUAGCUUAAGAUAUUUGUAUUUAUGUAUUAAACGAGUACGAAUGACCAA